AUGGGCAAAGCUACGAGCGAUCCACUGAUCUCAGCACGCGAUGUCCUCUCCCACAAUACGCCGGACGACUGCUGGGUGGGGAUCAAUGGCGAAAUCUGGGACCUGACCGCGUUUAUUAACGAGCAUCCUGGGGGUCCUUCAAUUAUUCUCAAGUACGCCGGGCGAGACGCCACGGACGCAUUCCUUGAGGUCCACGCCAUGACAAUAAUCAAAGAAAACAUCGCCCUGGGAAACUUCAAAGGUAGGCUCGAUGCCUCCACAAUUACUCCAGAUUGGACAAAAACGCCAUCAAAACCUCAGCCUGCUCAAUCUGUGGGCAAUUCCAAACCCCCGCUGCAUUCGCUCAUCAACAGCUACGACUUCGAACGAGCCGCGGCUGCCAGUGCAUCGGAGAAGGCGUAUACAUUCUACUCCACGGCAGACACCGACUGCUGGACCCGCGACGCGAAUGAGUCGAUGCUGAAGCGCAUCUGGUUCCGGCCGAGGGUUAUGAAAGAUGUCACACAUGUCGACACGUCGAGCACUAUGCUUGGCUUGCCGAUGUCGGUGCCAUUAUUUAUUUGUCCGACUGGUGUAGCGAGACUCAUUCAUCCAGAUGCUGAAAAAGGACUCGCCCGUGCUGCGAAGUCUACGGGGAUUUUGGAAAUUGUUAGCACGAAUUCUGGCCACCCGCUGGAGGAAAUCGUUCAGCAAACUCCGGGCUAUCCGUUCCUGUUCCAGCUGUAUCUCAACAAGGAGAAAGAAAAGUCAAAGGACGUUCUGUUGAAGGCGGAGUCUUUAGGCUGCAAGGCUAUCUUUUUGACUGUCGACGCAGCAGGGCGAGGCAAGCGCGAGUCGGACGAAAGACUCAAAUCAAACGAUGAACUCCCUCAUCCAGUUACUGGUAAACCGAUGAAGGCAGGCGGCGGGCUCACCAGAAUAAUGGGGAGUUAUAUCGACCAGGGAAUGACCUGGAAAGACAUUGCGUGGAUCCGCAGUGUGACCAACCUCCCUAUUAUCCUGAAGGGGAUCACCUCGGCGGAGGACGCGAAGAUUGCAAUGCAAUAUAAGGUCGAUGGUAUCUUACUCAGUAACCAUGGUGGUCGCAAUCUGGACUACACGCCGCCUGCGAUUCUGCUCCUGUUGGAGAUGCACAAGAACUGUCCAGAGGUAUUCGACACUAUGGAAGUCUAUGUGGACGGGGGCUUCCGCAGGGGUUCAGACAUCAUUAAAGCGCUCUGUCUCGGUGCGAAAGCAGUGGGAAUCGGCCGCAGUUUCUUGUAUGCCCUGCACUAUGGGACAGAGGGUGUUGAGCAUCUGAUCCAACUGCUCAAAUCCGAAAUGGAAGGCGUCAUGAAGCUCAUCGGUAUCAAGGAUCUUUCAGAAGUCUAUCCAGGGCUGGUCAAUACGGCCGAUGUUGACCACUUGGUUCCCUCUAGCCCCAACCACCCCUAUAUCAAAUGGAGGGCCCGUUCCAACCUAUGA